AAAGUGAUGGAUUAUGCAGUAUACCACAAAAUAAUCUCUGCAACCCUGACUCAACAAAAUGCCAAUACAUAAAAGCUGAAUUACAUUGUGAGUGUAAGAAAGGUUACACACGCAAAUCGGAUUAUGAAUGCAAAGUUUCAAAUAAUACCUGUAAUGAAAAUCCAUGCCAGAAUUACGGUUCAUGUCAUAUGAUUAAUGAGGACACCGAUUUUGAGUGCAGGUGUCGUGAUGGGUGGACUGGGAAAAUUUGCGAGGACGUACAAUUAGCGGAAACAGAUCACAAAAAAAUUCUUAUUGCAACGGGGAGUAGUCUUGGAGCUGUUGUCUUUAUAUUGGCAGUCGUUGUCUUUGCAGUAUGCAGAUGGAAAGCAGCCAAGGUUAAGGAAGUUGAGAAAAUGUCUAUGAGGAACAUGGAUAACAAUGCCUUCAAGUCGUUCGACGGUUCUUUAAUAAAUAGCCAGUAUAUGAGAGACGGUCAGAACUUUUCAUACGACAGGAACUCCGUAAAUAGUUAUAGGUCUCUACCCUAUGAACAACAAAAUGGCGGUAGCUGUUAUAGAAACCGCAAUGGUUACCUCAAUGGUUCAGCCUACGCGAAACCUAAUAAACUACCAAGGCCUAACUUGUACGGCUCUAUGCCAAACCUUGCGAAUAAUGAUGCCCAUUUCUAUCGCUCCGAUACCCGACGGUACUCGGGUGAAGAGCCAAGAAGGGUUUUAAGUUACAACCAAGGCUUGGACGCAAAUUACGAUAUGGACUGGAGAGCUCCGAGGAACAAUGUGAAUGGCCGAAGAUCUCCUUCCCCUGAUUACGGAAGACCAAGUUCACCGAGGCCGGACUAUGGUCGAAGAGAAAAGCUUAAUAGAUCUAAGGACAGUGGAGUGGGGAAUGGUUAUAGUAGCGGAAGUAAUGAAUACCGACGACCGGAGAAGAGGAGGGAAUACUACUACGGCAAUAGGCGGAGUACAAACUUCUAGAAACAUACAUAUAGAGGUUGUGUUUUCAUGUGACAGAUGACAGCUGAUGUAUUUUUUGACACAAAAGGAAACAAGACGAUUUGUGCUAACAGUUUUAUCAAAUGAAAAAGAAAAUAAAACUAAACACCUGAUCAAGCAGCAUUAGAGAUCUAUGCAGGAUGUAGAAGCGAUAAAUGCAAUGAAUCUACAGAAUAUUUCCUGAAAUGAAAAUCUUUGCAUGUGAAAAAAAGUUUGCAAUUAAUGUUUCUAUACGCUAUGGGUUUAAACACGUAGCAGUAUAAUUGUUUAUAAACAAGUGUAUGGUGUUGCAACAAGAACACAUUGUAUGAGUUCUAAUUUUAGCUAUUGAUGUUCAGAUAUGAUAAGUAUGUAAUGUUGAACUUCAUCAAAGCAUUUUACAUUCAAAAUUAGCCGUGGAACGACACACAUUAGAUACUAUUUGAUGUAAACUUGUACAAAUAGCAUUAUAUUUGGCAUAUCUCACAAUCUAUUAAUAUACAACCUUUCAUGCUUUACGAGCUACAUUUUGUAGAUAUAACGUUCUCUAUACGAACAUGUGUUCAUUUGUAUAUGAUACAAAUUGUGUUUUUUUGCAAAAAUGGUUUCAGAACAAUUAAUUUAUCAUAAUGUACUGCAUUGAAUGCAAUCAUUACACUGUGUUUGAAUGUAGAUAGUUUUUAGAAAUUAAUUGCUUUUAUUUGUGGUUAUUUUAUCAGAUUUUAGGGUAACAGAUGUUUAAAUGUCUACCUAUAAAAGCACACUUUCUUUCUUAUUUGUACAAUUGAAAUUCUUCGUUCAGUAGCAAGAGUAGAAAAGUGUUAUUUUAGUUUAUAGAAUUGUAUGCUUGACAUCCAUUUUGUUGAUGCCCUUGCGUUCUCUUGUAGCAAUAUAUUAUGGGCAUUUGUGCUCCAAACAUAUCCCCCACCCCGCUCACAUACGUAAAUAUUAAUGGCAACAGGCGGUGUACAAACUUCUAGAAACAUACAUAUAGGUGUUGAGCUUUCAUGUGACAGAUGGCAGCUGAUGUAUUUUUUGACACAAAAGGAAACAUGACGAUUAAUGGUAACAGUUUUAUCAAAUGAAAAAGAAAAUAAAACUAAGUAUCUGAUUAAGCUGCAUUAGAGAUCUAUGCUGGAUGUAGAAGUGAUAAAUGCAAUGAAUCUACAGAAUAUUUCCUGAAAUGAAACUUGAAAUUAAUGUUUCUAUACGCUAUGGGUUUAAACACGUAGCAGUAUAAUUGUUUAUAAACGAAUGUAUGGUGUUGCAACAAGAACACAUUGUAUGAGUUCUAAUUUUAGCUAUUGAUGUUCAGAUAUGAUAAGUAUGUAAUGUUGAACUUCUUCAAAGCAUUUUACAUUCAAAAUUAGCCGUGGAACGACACACAUUAGAUACUAUUUGAUGUAAAAAUGUGUAAAAAUGUACAAAUAGCAUUAUAUUUGGCAUAUCUUACAAUCUAUCAAUAUACAACCUUUAAUGCUUUGCAAGCUACAUUUUGUAAAUAUAACGUUCUCUAUACGAACACGUGUUCGUUUGAUACAAAUUGUGUUUUUUUUUGCAAAAAUAGUUUCAGAACAAUUAAUUUAUCAUAAUAUACUGCAUUGAAUGCAAUCAUUACACUGUGUUUGAAUGUAGAUAGUUUUUAGAAAUUAAUUGCUUGUAUUUAUGGUCAUUUUAUCAGAUUUCAGGGUAACAGUUCAACUUGUUUUGACAAAAUGUGAAAUAAAUGGUUAAAUUCGUCAAUAUUUCAUCGUUCAAAAUGUUGUGUCAGCUAUCUCAUGACUACAAAGCGAAAUAUUUUGAUAAAUGUUUUAUUUCAGACAUAUCUAAAUAUUUUAAGAAUAUUAAACAGUUAACUAGUAGAACUCCAAUGAUUUUAAAUACAGUACAACCUCUCCGGAGCGAACCUCUCUCAGGGAAAAACCUCUUUAUAACAACGUCAUCAAAAUUUCCCUAAGCUGAAAUAUUUUAUCAAAUUUACCUCUCCAGAACAACAGCAUCUACAUUACAGUCAACAUUUGUAUCUCCCAAAGGGCGUUGCUUAACAGAGGUUGCACUGUAUUAUCAAAUACACCACGUUUUUGAAAAGCGUUUGUAAACAGAAUUUGAACAUAGAUUGGCUCUUUGGCAAUAUCAUUAUCAUUUCUGUUUGGUGCAUUGAAAAUAAACUGUUAUCAUUUUUUAAAGCUGCUGGUCGGUUGUCCAAUUCGUGCAUUUAGUUUCCGUGAAGUAUGUCCGUUUCACACUAUGGAUCAUCAGUUGUAGAUAUUGAAAUUAUAUUUCAAAUAUGAAAUUUUAGUAUACAAUUUUUUUGUUGUUGUUUUUACAACGCACAAGUAGUACAUGUUAUUAGGCGCUAAACAGGAAUAAACAUUUUGGUUUCAAAUAUCAUUUACAUCGAAUUCUAACACAUUCUGAUUUAUUUUCCUAUUAAACAAAGAAGAUUAGAACUGUGUGCUAUUAUGCAACACACACUCAGUUUGUACAAAAAGAACAAAACCACACAAAACGGGCAAAUGUUUGAUUAUAUUUUCGAAAUUGUAGAUAAUGUACAUUGAUAACGUGUUACAAUCGUAAAAAUAUAUCUAAAACAGUGAUUUGCUCUUGAAUUGAACAUGGUCUGUAGUUCAGAUGCGUAAUAUCAUAUCACUCCAGCUGUGCCUUCUUGAUAUAAUUCUGUCGCAUCUUAACUCCAAACAAUGAUUCUAUUCAACGACAAUCACUGUUUUAAUUAUAUUUGCUCUUAACUUACGAUAUGAGGUAUUAAUUCAAAUCAUUCAUUGCUCUUGUCCCAAACCUCAUGUGCAUUGUAUUAUUGAUUGGAUAUAUUUAUUUGUACAUUAUACUAAAUGAUAAUGUAUUGUGUGACUCAAUUCCAAAAAGUAUUCUUUUUUUAAAUAGUUUUAUGCAUAUAUAACAAUAUACAUUUUGUAUAAAUGCCUCUUUCAAUUUGAAAAUAAUUAUAUGUAUAUUUGCGAUUAUAGAGUCAACUCCAAAUUAUUUAAAUAUUUACAUAUUGUUUUUAUUUUCCUUUCAAAAUUUCAUUACGUUUGAUAUGUCUUUGGCGUAAAAUGUGACAGUUCUGUUUCCUUUUCAAAAAACAGAUGUUUUUACAUAAAAUAUGGUAUGCAACUUUUUAUAUUUCAAAAUCAAUAAAUAUGCAUAACUAAAUUUAGAGGACACACCAUGUAACGAUAUACAAAUAUAUUAUAUAAAUCACUCUUACUGAGGUACAUUUGGUUGCUAGUUUAUUGAAGAGAGAGAGCCUUAUGUUGGAAUGGAGUAACGUUUAGAAUAUUUCAGUACAUGCUUAUGUAAAAAGCGUUUGUUUAUUAUAUAGAAUUUGUACUCUACGUUUUUGUUGAUCUUAGUUCUUACCGGUAUGGCGCUAAAACAUUUGUACAUGUAUGUUAAUAGCAUAUUUAUUACAUGUUUUUAAAAAUGUACAUUUCAUUUUGCAAAAACCAAAUCUAAAAUGAUACAAAAUUUGGUUCUAAAAUGUUCAUCUUAGUUUGCUGACAAUGUUUUGUCUGUGUAUCUUAGCACAACUGAAUUUUUAGCUCACCUGUCACGAUGUGAAAGGGUGAGCUAUUGUGACCGCUUGAUGUCCGUCGUGCGUCUAGGCUUUGGGCUUUGAUAUUUGGUAUGUAGCAUCAUCUAGUGGUCCUCCAAGAUUGUUCAAUAAUCUCCCUAGGGUCAAAUAUGGCCCCGCCCGGGGGUGAGGGGGUGAGGGUGGUGGGGGUCCCAAGUUUUACAUAGACUUAUAUAGGAAAGAAAGUUUAAAAAUCUUCUUGUCUGAAACCACAACACCUAGACCUUUGAUAUUUGGUUUGUAGCAUUGUCUUAUGGUUUUCAGCCAAAAUUGUUCAAAUUGUGUGCGUGAAAAGAGGCCCUGCCCUCGGGUUCCCAAGUUUUAUAUAGACUUAGAAAAAAGCUUUAAAAAUCUUUUUGUCUGAAACCAUACGACCUAGGCUUUUGAUAUUUGGUAUGAUGCAUUGUCUAGUAGUCGUCUACCAAAAUUGUUCAAAUUAUGCCUCUGGGGUUUAAAAGAGGUCCCGCCCUGGGGUCACAUAGUUAUUAUGUGAGUUAUAUAGGAAAACUACUUAAAAAUCAUCUGAUCCUAUUUCCAAGACUGUUUAAUCAUAAUUACCUGAUGACUCCAAAUAAUAUGAUGUCACCUGACUGUGACAUUGACCUACUGACCUACUUUCUUGUUUUGUUAAGAUACAGCCUUGAAAUUUUGAUGACAUACACCAUUUUGCACACAAAUCGUAAAACUGAAUUUCAUUUACCGUGAAUUUGACCUACUGACUUUCUUUAUAUUUUAUCAUCAGUUUGACAUUUGAAACAUUUAGCUCAUACAACUCAGGUGAGCGAACCAGGGUCAUCAAUACCCUCUUGUUAGUUUUUGGUACCAAACGCAAACUAAAGCAGUAUAAAGAUUUCAAAAUUGUUUGUAAUGGACAUAACAGUAGUAACAUUCCUUGGCUGCCUUGAUACCUUUUUGUUCGGUGAAAUCAUGGUGAAUGAAACUGUAACUAAGGAUAAUUUACGACUUAACUUUCUAUGAAGACAAACUAAUGGUUUAAAACUAGGAAAUACUUCUCACUUUGAUUUAACACCUCAACCAGAAUAUGUUUUGGAAUAUAAUAUGCCAAAAUAAAUGUCCUGAACUUAUUCACAGCUUGGGAGCUAAAGAAAAUGUUUAUAAUAGUCGUCUUUCUGAUUUGGCUUUGUUCAAAGGCAAUAGGAAUUGACAGUUGUGACUUAACCAUAUUUUUAACGGUUUUAACAAUGCAAUAUGUUUUAAUUGGGUGCAGUUUCAGCUUUAGUCAAUAACUGUACUUAUAGUUUGUAACUAUAAUUAUGUUCACCUGAAAAAAUAUCUAUGUAUCUGUCUUUGUGUUUGCUAUGAAAUAUAAUAUUCUC